AUGUCGGAGAACAUAGUUGGACCGACCUACGCUCAGGUCAUCGAAGCUGUGAUUGCAGCUUCGGAGAAUGACUUCGAAGAGGCCGGUGUCGACAGCCAAACGCUGCAAGAGCUUCGCUCGGGAUGGCAGAAACGGCUGUCGGAACUGAGAGUCAGCCACUUCCCCUGGGAUCCGCCUCCUGUUCUUCCUCAGGUCGCGAACCCUCCAACCGUGCCGUCCAAUAUUUCAAAGCAUGAACUCUCGCCGCUUCCCGCCAACCUGGGCACCCCGCAGAUGAACUCUCCGCAUGGCUAUUCUGCUAGUCCUCAUAUCAAGGUCGAACCUAGCGUCAAGCAGGAGUACGCCAGCCCCGUGCAGCCGGUCGCUCAUUCUGCUCUGAACCAGAAGCUGGCGCACCAGCGGGCACAAGCAUACAUCGCGAACCAAUAUGCCGACCAGGCAAAGGGCUCAGUCCCUUCUGUCAACCCGCUCAACCCGCAGCCAAACGGGCUUUCCCUGCCCGGCCAGCAGCAGAGGCCGAUGGGCUUGCAGCUUCCCAGUCAAGGCCAACACCGUCCUCAACAACCGCAACAACCCCAGCAGACUCCGCAAACGCAACAGACUCAGCAGAACUACCAGCGCCCGCAACAGGCCUAUCCUGCCGCUUCUCAGUACGAUGGCGCCGACGACGCUUUGGAGUCGUGGGAUGCUGUGCUAGCGGACCGCCGCACGCACGGCAACGACGGCAGACUCACUGCCGACGGCAUUAUGCGUCAGAAGCUCGAGCAACUGGCUGAGCAGCAGGACAGCGGCUUGUUCGUUCCACUCGAUCAGCCUUCGAAAGGCAAGGGUAAGAAGCGCCGAACUACCCAGGCUCGCAGCAACCUUCAAACCGUGUCGGAAUCGCCAAGCAUCCCGCAGCUCGAUGGAGAGUUGGACUCGGAAGUCAAAGAGGAACUGGAUGAAGAUGCCAUCAACUCCGAUCUAGACGACUCCGACGAGGACCCGAUCGUGGAGGAAAAUGACGAUGACACUUUCGCUGCACUGGGCGACCAUAUGGUCUGCACGUACGACAAGGUCAACCGCGUCAAGAACAAAUGGAAGUGCACGCUUAAGGACGGUAUCCUUCAUGCCAACAACAAGGACUAUUUGUUCCACAAGGCAUCAGGUGACUUCGAGUGGUAG